AACUGUUGGGCUAACGCCGGAUACACCAACUUCCGUGUAGAGUUGUGCGGGAACUUUAGAGUUGGAGGCAAUUUGGACCAAAGCAGUGCUAUUCGUAUUUUUAUUACACAUUUUAAAGAUGCCCCCCAAGGCGAAGGCAGGUGGCAAAGGUCCAGCCCGAAGGAAACUUCCAGAAAAGUUCCCUGCUGGCGAGAUCCUCACUGACAGCCACAAGAAACGCUGGAAACUCGGCAACCCUAUUGGUCAAGGGGGGUUCGGUUUGCUUUACCUUGCUAAUGAAGAGUCAGAAACUGUGGGAGCAGCAGCGCCAUAUGUCAUUAAAGUGGAGCCCGCAGAAAAUGGUCCUCUCUUCUGUGAACUUAAGUUUUAUCAGAGGGCGGCCAGGCCUGAUCUCAUUGAGACCUGGAUAAAGUCGCACAAGCUGAAGCAUUUAGGAGUUCCGAAAUACUGGGGUUCCGGGCUUCAUCAGAAAGAUGGAAAGAGCUACCGGUUCAUGGUGAUGGACAGGUUUGGAACGGACCUCCAGAAGACGUUCGAGGAGAACGGCAAGAGGUUUCCACGCAAGGUGGUGCUACAGCUGGGACUGAAGCUGUUGGAUGUCCUGGAGUACAUCCAUGAGCAUGAGUAUGUGCAUGCAGACAUCAAGGCCUCCAAUCUACUCCUCAGCUACCAGAACCCCAAUCAGGUGUUCUUGGUGGACUACGGGCUGGCGUACAGGUUUGCCCCAGAAGGAAAGCCCAAGGAGUACAAGGAAGACCCAAAGCGAUGCCAUGACGGGACCAUCGAAUUCACCAGCAUUGACGCGCACAAGGGAGUGUCUCCCGGCCGGAGAGGGGACCUGGAGAUCCUGGCCUACUGCAUGGUGCAGUGGCUCUGUGGCCAGCUGCCUUGGGAGGACAACCUCAAGGACCCCGUCUACGUCAGGGACGCCAAACUACAAUGCAGAGACAAUAUUCCAGAGUUCAUGAAGAAAUGCUUUCCUUCAGAAAGCAAGCCAGGUGAGCUGCAGAAGUUUAUGGAGGAGGUGAAGCGUCUGGAGUACUGUGAUAAGCCUCCAUACGAGAAGCUGCGGAGCCUUCUGCAGGAUGGACUCAAGGCCAUCGGGGCCAAAGCAGACGACAAGCUUGACUUCACCAUGGCAACCAACGGGGUUCACUCCCCCAAAGCCAAGGGCACAAAAAGAAAACAGACGACAGAUGGUGAAGUGAAUGGCAGUCCGGCGAAAAAGAAACGCACGCCGGUGAAGAAAACCCCGGUUAAAAAGCGCACACCGGUGAAGAAGCGCACUCCUGUGAAGAAGGUGACCAAAGCGGCAAAAAAGAAAACGGCGAGUCCAAGGAAGCGGAUAAUGGUGGAUAGCUCUUCACAGACCUCCCCGAUGCCUGCUGCUGCUGCCAAAAAGCCAAGAGGUAGGCCCAAGAAGGCCUCCUAACUUUGGAUAUGAGCGCUCUGAUGCCUGAAACUUGGAACAUGAUGAUGCCCACUGUCACUGUUACUCUCACAUUGUCUUAUAUAUUUUUUCCAAUCUAUUAUAUGUGUUCAAAACUACCCUUCCUCUUCUUUUUUUAAAGUUUUCUUAAAACUGAGUCUUGUCUUUUUGUUCAUUGUAAAAUAAUAAAUUCUGCUUUUCUGAGGGAAAAAAAAGGAAA